AUGGUAAUACGGAUAUAUUUCCUCUCCUCAGGUCUUCCGCUGUCUCAGAGCUGUGGACAGUCUCUCCCUUACUGUGCGGUUGAUGGUUCCCACUUGGGCUCCAAAGCUCCCCAAGUCAGCGGAGUCAGAGUUCAACUGGAGAUGCAUGAACUUUGGCGGCAGUUUGAUCAGUUGGGCACAGAGAUGAUUGUUACUAAAGCUGGAAGAAGAAUGUUUCCAACAUUCCAGGUGCGAAUCUCUGGGAUGGAUCCUGCAACUGAAUAUAUUCUGCUUAUGGACUUCAUCCCUGUUGAUGAUAAGCGAUACAGAUAUGCAUUUCACAGCUCAUCCUGGUUGGUGGCAGGGCGUGCAGAUGUUGCAGCACCGAGCAGGAUGCAUUUCCACCCAGACUCACCUGCCCGUGGCACCCAGUGGAUGAAACAGACCGUAUCUUUUGAUACUCUCAAACUCACCAACAACCUGCUCGAUGACAACGGACAUAUGAUACUGAACUCCAUGCAUCGAUACCAGCCCCGCUUCCAUGUGGUGUAUGUGGAUCCAACCCCCAGCAGCUGCUUGAAUCCAAACAGUAACUUCUGCUCAUUCUCCUUCCCUGAGACGCGGUUCAUGGCCGUCACUGCCUAUCAGAACCACCGGAUCACCCAGCUGAAGAUUGCUAGCAACCCAUUUGCUAAAGGCUUCAGAACUACUGACAAUCAGAAUGGUGUGGCCAAUGGCAGGCCCCUGACAGUGUGGUGUCCACCAGAGGGCAGAGCUGAACCUCUUACAGCCAGAGACGAGGUGGGACUCAAGAGGCUCUGCCACUCCAGGACACGUGGACACAGCCCUCCUUUUCAAGGAACCAUAUGGCCUUUUGCAUCACCAUAAAGCCUCUGUAGAUUUCACCAUGCGGGCUAAAGGCGGAGACAGUACGAGUGCAGGGCCUGCUGCUUUCUUCUCUCUCCCAUCUUCCUGGAAC